CCGGGUGCGCUCCGUCCGGUGCGGCCGCCGCGGGGCCAUGGCCGGGACCGGGGGCAGCUCCACGCUCAGGCGGUGCCUCGAGGUGCUCCGGGACGCGAGGAACGACAACGAGCAGUUCGCAGCGCUGCUCCUGGUGACCAAAGCGGUCAGAGCUGGGGAAGUCGAUGCCAAGACCCGUCGCCAGAUCUUUGAUGCAAUCGGAUUCACGUUUCCCACUCGCCUGCUGGCGUCUGGGAAGCCACCACCCGGCUGCCCCGAUUACACCUUCCGGGCGCUGGGCCUUACCCUGCUGGCAUGCUUCUGCACCGAUCCGGAGCUGGCAGCACAUUCCCAGGUGCUGAACAAAAUCCCAACCUUCAAUGACAUCCUGCUUUCCCCGUGCGAUCCGGACAGCACGUCCAUGGUUGAUGAUGUGUACCAGUGCCUCAGCGCUGUCAUGGCCACGAGCAGGGGGCCCAGAGAGCUGGUGACCAAAGGGACAGUGUCUGCCCUGUGCCAGGCCUAUGUGAAUGGCAGUUAUGGCUCUGACCGUGCUUUGGCUCUGCUCCUGGGGCUGUUGGCCGUAGCAGAGGAGAAGUGCUGGCAGAGAGAUGCUCCACACCUCCUGGCCGUGCUGAGCAAGCUCUCCGAGGAUUUCCUCCAGACUGAAGACAUGACCAAAUUUGAGCUGUGCAAGGUUCUGCCUCAUUUCAUCCCCCUGUCACCACCGCUCACACAGGACCCACAGGGCUCUGAGUGCCUCCAUAGGCUUUACAAAGGGCUGGCCAACAUCUUGGGCAGUAAACUCAGCCAGUCGCAGCGGGACCCUGCCCUCAAGCUCGCUGCCUGCCUCGUGCAGGCCUAUGGGUCAGAGUGGAUCCCAGCAGGCAGUGCUGGAAGCAAGUUCCUGGCCUUGUUGGUGAACUUGGCUUGUGUGGAGGUCCGCCUGACCCUAGAAGAGCCAGAUCCUUUGGAGGCGGAGGGGAAGAAAGAAGUGGUAACAGCCUGCUAUGUCCUUAUUGAGAUGGGGAUCCAGGAGUGCCUGAGAGAAGAGAAACCACUGCUCGAGGAGGUGCAGAAAAUGCAGCUUAUGAGGAUCAUGGAGGAGGCAUUUGGAGCUGUAAUAUUCUACCUGAGGCAGGUUAAACAGGAGGAGCUACAAGACCCUUUCAUAUUUGCUUCCGUUCGAAUCCUUGGAGCCUGGAUGGCAGAAGAGACAUCCUCCCUCAAGCAGGAAAUCUGCGAGCUCUUGCCCUUCCUUGUUCUUUAUGCCAAAAGGUUUUUCAAAGAGGGCAGCUCAGCUGGGAGUCCUUCCCAGCCAGAGCUGGUCAGCAAGGAGGGCUCUGGCUUACCCCAAGAUGCUCUGAGGUUUCUGCUACCUGGUUUUUGCCAUUUAACAGCAGAGGACAGGCCCCGGGACAUCCUCAUCUCAGAAGGGGCACCAGCACUGCUGUGUGAAUACUUCCUCCAUCAGUGGGAGGUGCUGACCUCCAAGCCUGGGUCCCUGACUCCACUGACAAGCACUGAAAUGAGUCUGCAGACCAUGUGUGGGAUUUUCCUUAACCUGGUUGUGACAGCACCAGACCUUAUCAGGCGAGACAAAACCUUUUCCUGCCUGAUGGACACGUUGCUGAAGUCUCUUCCACUCCUGCUACCCCAAAAGGGUCACCUGGCUCUAGCAGCAAACAUUGCCACUCUGGGCCUGAUGAUGGCCAGGAUCCUUGCAGGCUCCACAGCUCUCCAGGGGACACAGAGUACCAAGGAGUUCUUUGGAGCUGCUAUUUCCUUCCUAUCCCAGGCCCACACUGCCCAAACAGAGCCUGGCAGUGACAGCUUGACCUUGGCCGUUUCGCCUGCCUACAUGAGUGCCUGGGCUGACAUCAGUGAGCUCUGGUUCCUGGGAAUGCAGGCCUUGGCUGGCUGCAUCCCUCUUUUCCCCUGGCUGCCACAAGCCAUGCUCCAGGCACGGUGGCUGGAAGGGGUCUCCGAGCUCCUGACCCAUGUUGCUGCAGCCUCCGUGGACUUUGAGCUCAUCGCUGCUUUCCAGGGGGUGCUGGUGGAGCUGGCCAGAGCCAGCAAGCCCUGCAGGGACGUGAUCCUGUCACACCACGGCCGGGAGUGGGCCAACCUCUAUGGUAUGGCAGCUUUGGAACAGUGUCUGUCUGAGCAGUGAAGAGCCAGCAGCACCCUGGUGUGGGGAGCAGUCAGCACAAGAUCUGUUCAACAUCUGCCCCACAGCCUUUGGUGCCAAGUGGGGACAAAACCACAUUCAGAUUACCAACCUUUCUAAGCCUGGAGUGAUGCAGCAGAACUCAGCACUGCCCAACCUGUGCACACAACUGUUGCUGCCUCAGAACGUUUCAACAUACACCUGCUUGACCCUCUUUCUCUAUUUCUUCUCAAAAGCAGCCUGUGUAUUAAAGAUGUUUUUCUGUGGCUUUGUUUUUCAA